AUGACUUUAAAACCAACCGAAGAUAUGUUAAUGGAUGUAGAUGGCCUAGAAUUUGCAACUACAGAAAGCAGUGACUCUGGAAAACAGGAUCUACAAUUUGAUGUUGAUCCUGUAUGCAAUGUUCCUAUGGUCUCAUUUCCAACUUUAUCAAAACAGCCAGAUGAUAAGAACCUUCAUUUUAAAUUUGGGCCAGUGUUUUCGAGAAGUUUUGCCUUUAAUAAAAGUGCAGCUUCUACAGCAUUAUUCCCCGUUGCCAUUCCAUAUAUUGAUAAUUCAGUAGAAUUUUCCCAGUACGUCUCUAAACUCUUUGAAAUAUACAAGAGCUUAGGGCCUGAUAAACAAUUCAAUAUUCCUACGAUUGGUCUGAUUAAGCAUUCUUCGACACUGGAACACAAUCAAACAGUGAAUCUGGCAUUUGAAGCUGUUGUUUCUGAACUGGAGUUCUUUAUUGAAUCUUUAAAGUUCUCAAACAAACAUCAAAGAUUUGUUGAUCUGGAAGAAUGCUUAUGUAUCUUAAGCUGCUUAAAGACAGUCCAGUUUACGCUGGACUCGGAGGAGCCCGAAUCAAGGGCCAAAUUCAUUAACUCUUUAAUUAAUUGGGUGAAUAGAUCUGAUGGAGAACCGAGUGAAGCAGUUAUUGCUAGAGUUCUUGAUAAUUCAAUUUCAACGCCCGUACACAAGAAUCCUUAUACCUGGAGCUUAUUAUGCCAGUUAAUAUUACGAGGCUUGUUUGAGCAGUCUGUAGCCGUACUAGAAAGGUCUGGGCUUUUGGAUUAUAUGAAAAGUAGAUGUUCAGUCACCCAUACGAUGUUGCUAGAUGUUACUAAUUUGUUACAAAGUUACCCUUAUGAAUCUGAAACGGUAUUUAGGGAAUGGAAAGAUUUGGUUUUGCAAUUAUAUGCUCACUGGAAUCAAAGUACAUUGAAUAUUGAGCCAGAGUUGAAGUCAUCGCUGGAGGAUGUUUUAUUGAUUAUGUCCGGCAACAAGUCAAAAAUCUUAUAUUAUUCCAAAACAUGGUACGAAUGUUACUGUGGUUUGAUGCUCUACUAUAUCCCAGCUUUGCAGUUAUCAGAAGAAUAUUUGCAAAUCGCCCUUCAAGAAUAUCCUCUUGAUAUCACUAGUACUUGGGAACAAGCAUGCGUGGACAUAAUAAUGGGCAAAAUUUAUUCUAUUCUACCAGUUCUGGACUCCCUGGAUAGCUGUACCGCGGCAUUUACCGCAUCAAUUUGCGAAGCUAAAGGGUUAUUAGAGAAUGAUCUGAUGGAAGAUGGCGGUUUGGAUUAUUUUAAUGAUCAAGAAGAAUUUCUUGGAGUAAGAAGUACCAUGUCUAGCUAUUUAUUGAAUCAAUUCGCACUAAGCAUAGUAACGUACGAGGACAAAGAUCUAUGGCCAAUUGCAGUUGGUAUAUUAUCCUUGACUCCAAAUUAUAGUGAUACAGUGAAAAGAAUGAUUAUUGCAGAGUUGCUACCCCAUUAUCCGUUUAAGACUAACGAUGAUAUCGAAUGGAUGUUGACAAUAUGUGCAAAAUGGAAACUGCCUCAUGUUGCAAGGACUGUUUACAGGAUACUGGGUCAGGAUGCUCUAUACCUGAAUAACGUUAUUGAAGCGAUGUCCAAUUUCAGUAAGGCAGGCGAAUUCGAAUGGGUGAAGCAUUAUUCAUGGAUGAUCUUUGAAGCCUCGGUACUUCAGGGGUCUCCAUUAGAAGACGAAAUUGUUAGUGCAAUAAUUGUGAAUGGAAAUCAGUCCGAAAUUCCUAAAGAGUUAAUAGAUGCCAUGGUCACAACGGUCAUGAAGCAAACUUUAUCACCGUAUGCAGUAUUGUUUGAGUUUUACCAAUCUGCUAACAACAACCAAUGGGAAGAAGCUUUGGAAUUAUUGCUUUCUUUGAUCGAAUUUCCCUACUUGCCUCCUCAAUAUCUCAUUCUUCUUCUUGGGCGUUUCAUCUAUCCAAAAUUUUUGCAAGAUGAUUCUAAACUUAUCAAGGAACGUGAUAUUUUGCGCAUUAUUAAAUCACUUGAAAAGUUUGACAACUCCAACGAAACUACGAGAGCACUAUACAACCAAUUACUAAUUAAAGACGAUACAUUGCCCCACGAAAUGGCAUCAUUAAUCCAGCUAAUCAGGACCAAAUUGAAUUUCAAGUUGUGCCAAGAAUUCAUGUAA